AUGGCCACUCAGAAUCUGAUACCUCUCUUGAUUCUCCUCGUCGUCGCAGGCUUUUUAGCCGCUUUCGGGUUCAUGCUGUACAGCAUCGCGCAGAGCGUGGGUCAGACGACGCGCGAAAAGAUGGAGAAGAAGCACGUCCUGUUCAGCAGGGACGGGAUGAAGGUGGGCGUGAAGGAGUUGAAGGACGAGGAUUACAAGGAUCGGAGUCAAAGCAUCCUGGUCAAUAUCUGGAACUACUCCUCGUUCCCGGCAUACAAGAGCCGGCUUUGGGGCAACGGAGCGGCUGCUGCCUCAUCGGAGCAUGCGAAGCUUGACAAGAGAAAACCUUGA